GCGCGGCGAUGGAGGCGACCGAUGGCGGCGGGGACCCCGGCGGGGACGGCGCGCAGCCCAACACCCGCGUUCCCGGCUCGGGGCCCUGUGUGGCCUCCCGCGAGUCCGAACGCCAGCUGCGCCUCUGCCUGUGCGUGCUAAACGAGAUCCUGAGCACCGAGCGCGACUACGUGGGCACCUUGCGCUUCUUGCAGUCGAGUCAUGUUCACUCAGCACAUAGGACCCUGGUUGUUCUGUUAUCCAACAUGGCUGUCAUCCUACUCAAGGAUCUGCAUACCUACCCAAAG